CAUGGCAACACCACUGCAUCGACAACUGAUCCUCCAAAUGCAUCGACAACUGAUCCUCCAAAUGCAUCGACAACUGAUCUUCCAAAUGCAUCGACAACUGAUCCUCCAAAUGCAUCGACAACUGAUCUUCCAAAUGCAUCGACAACUGAUCCUCCAAAUGCAUCGACAACUGAUCCUCCAAAUGCAUCAACAACUGAUCCUCCAAGUGCAUCGACAACUGAUCCUGCAAAUGCAUCCACAACUGACCCUGCAAAUGCAUCCACAACUGACCCUCCAAAUGCAUCCACAACUGAUGUCCUAGAGAAGAGAACACGGAAGAGGUCAAUGGAACCACCACUAGCGAAUCUUGCCACAUAUUAUGGGGGGAAAAACGAAGGUCCUGCACCAUUUGCAGCAGGGAUUUCAUUCGAGCAGUCAACAUAUGCACCGCUACUAAAGAAUCCUGAGAAGCUGGACCUAGCAUAUCUUGUCACAAAGUUCAAAGGUUGA